UUUUGCAAAAAGAAAGAGCAUUAUAAACCGAGGCAGCCAACCAGUAGCCUCGUGUAACUCUCUGGGCCUCCCCGGGGCAGCCCCGGCCGAAGCCAGCAUGCAUGCGUGCGGUGCAGCCGAGAGCCACUCACGAUGAUGACAGAGCACAAUAAUGCGUAGCAUCGCGGUCGCCGCAGCAAUCCUCGCGCGAUGUCUCGCCGACGACGCAGUCAACGUAUCGCGUGUCGCGGCCUGGGCGCUGCAGCGCCGGGAAGAACGCAUUAGGCGCUGGCUGCCCUCUCAGCCGUUCAAUCGCACCGGAUUCCGCCUCGUGCCCGUCCCUCCGAAGCUCGAGCGCGGCUUUUUGCUGGUCGCGACGAAGUCGCCCGUCGAACGCCUCCGCCGCAACGAGUCGACCAACGACAACCUCGGGGCUAUACUGAGGGACGUGUGCGCCACGCCGUACCCCGCUCGCUUAGUCGUGAGGACGCCGUCGGAGAAGGCGCGCGCCGAGCGAUUUCGGCCCUGCCCCAAGAUCGAGAUCGUGGCCCUCGAGGCGACGGACGCGCCGAUGGAAAGGCUGGCGCGCGCGACGUCGCUGCGGCUGUUCAAGGUCGGCGCGCUGGCCGCGAAUCUACCCUUGUACAAAGACGGCACCUUGUAUCUCGACAACGACAUAGCCAUUCGACGGGACCGCGCGGACGUGCUGAUGGGUUUAUUUGAUGAAGUGCGGAAGCGGCACAAGGCGCUGGGCGUCACGAAGAGUCAUCUCUGCAUUCCGCGGGGCCACUGGACGUCCGAGGUGCCGCCGGGCUACUGCGAGCGGAACGGUGGCAUACUCUUCUUCAGUGCGGCAAAUCGGUCCGCGGCGCUGGCACGAGAAUGGCUCGAGGAGAUGCGGCAAGGCACGUCCAAGGACGGCCGAGACCAGAUGCCGUUGCGCAAGGUGCUCUGGCGCCACCGCGACGACGAGGUGUUUGACCUACCCGUAGGGAUCCAGUGCGGCCCGUACUGCGACCCUUGCAGUACCGACGACCCCCCCUUACUCUGGCACACGAAGCGCAUAGACCGAGUGAGAUGGGCGCAGAAGAUGCUUUUGAAAUCAAGGCGCAAGGGCGUGAGCGCGCGAUCCGUGUGCGGCUUCCAGCCAUAG